AUGGCACUCGCUCAGCUCUACCCAAGCUCUCCCAAAGGCCCCUCGAGGCCUCAUGUGGUCAACCUUCUGUUGCAUAUCACCGCUCUGCUUUGGCUUCUUGCGGGGUUGAUUACCACGGCUCUAGCGCAGAAUAACUUUGGACCUCUCACUACGCCCUUCGCGCUGCCUUCCUCUUGUGCCGCUGCCUUUUUACCAUGCGAGCUUUGCACCGUGGCUCUCAAGGGACAAGGAUGUGGCCCGUCAUACUACACCGAUGAUCCCGAAUGCUGGCCUUUGAGACCCCUCGAAACCCAGUCGCCACGCCCACGCUUUCUUCAGGGCUUCUACUCGCCUGGAGUCUCCUGUCCAGUCGGCUACACCAGUGCAUGCCAGGUCACGCACGGUGGGGGUGGGGGUUUUACAUUCGAUGUCCCUCCAAGUUCAUCUGAGACCGCUAUUGGAUGUUGCCCAAGUGACUUCAGUUGCACCAAUGUGCCUUCCCACGACCUCUGCGGCCUAGCCGGCUGUGGGGAAACAUCACCCGGUCUUCCCCUUAUCCAAAAGUGUGUAUCCACUGCGCAAUCCACUGAUUACAAAGGUUUUGUCUGCUUCGAGGGAAAGGUCAGGCCAAUUGGUAUAACUGUGCCUGGGACUAACACAUACGUCCCAAUCUUUCCUCCGGAAAUUAUGACAAUUCCUUUAGGAAACUCCAUCAGCACGGCUACUUCAUCUCUCGCGGCCCAUACCUUCACGGCAACUAUUCCCAGCAUAUCUGUUUUCGCUCCUUUGAUCCAGCUUGUCCAUCAAGGCAGAGAUGUGACCGGAUCAUCUACAAGCACCGCUGGGGCUGAGAAGAAAAAGGAAGGUCGUUCCUCACUUUCCACGGGUGCAAAGGCUGGAAUCGGAAUCGGUUCUGUCAUCGGGGGACUCGUACUUGUCGGAGCUAUCUUUCUUCUUUGGUCUCGCCGACGCCAGAACAACUGGGCUACGAAUAUAGCCAAGGGCGACUCUUAUGUCAGGAACCUUCAGAACUACGAGUUUAGUUCCCGCUGA